AUGUACUGCUUUUUUACAUUGCUCUUGCUAGUGGCUACAACAGCUCAAGCCUCCCAUCGUCACUGUUUGCAGUACAAAAAACCUAGCGCGCUACUCAAUGAACCGCUGCUUAUUUUUGGCCAAAAUUCGGAUCCAUGUCAUCUCCGUAGCAGUGGCAUCAUCGCCAGGAUCUGGAACAGCAACAAUGCUACGGCCGAUAGCAAGGUGAUUCCUCGUUUUUGGUAUCUGAAGAACAGUUCCGAAGAGUUCAAUGCCCUUGUGACGGAGUGUUUACGGAAAGUGGAACGAGAAAUUCCGGUGGAUCAAGAGUGUCGUCGAGCGGUCGAAAUGUUCAACUGCUACAACGGCACGGCAGAGCUUCGAAUGGAUGAACCUGUUUUUAUCCCCAGGACAGAACUUCAACAUGCGCGUGUUUUGAGCGACUGUAGUCGGAUGCUGCAGAUCAGUCGGAGUGAGUUGGAUCUCAUCCGCAAAGAAGGACUCUUGAAUCAUCCCAAAGGACGUUGUCUGGUGCGAUGUUUCUUGCUGCGUGAGGAUUUGUUCUGUGAGGCAACCGGAAUUAGAGCAUUUCGGAUUAUGGUUCAAGGCGGGGGAGCUGAUGAUGGAAUCGAGUUCCGAAAACAGGGUGAACGUUGCAUCGCUCGGUUGCAGAGAAAUUUUCUGGAUCGAUGUACCCUGGCGGCCAGAAUUGCUAAUGAGUGCUACGACCAAACUCUGCUGAAGAUGAUUCAUGAAGGGUUGAAAUAUCUUUGA